GCACACGUCUCUCUCACGUACCGGUUUUCCCAGGUUCGCGGAUCUGAGGAUCACCAUGAUGAAGGUUUGGACCGUUCCAGGUAUCCAUGUUCCCACAGUCAACUCGCUGAAUACUUCGCUGAACACCACUACUGCGUCGAGACCCACAACAUCUGUUACCUACCGACGAGAUCAGGACCUUGCCGUAAGAUCCCGAGGCAGAACCACCGAAAAGCUACGCUUACUCGUUCCGCGCAAACCCGUGAAGUGCGCCACCGGCGGGAAAUAGUAUGGCAGCGGCAACAAAGCCAUAAACCUGCGCUGCCGUUGCUUCGACGUUUUUUGUGAAGACAGGGACAGUCCCACUGCCAGUGAUGAAAACACCUUGUGUGUCGAACACAAGGCACGUGGGGUAAACAUCCCGUCAUGGCAACUCUCACGGUUAGUGCGUUAUACUCCGUACCGUUACUGGAUCUGCGGCUGCUCUCUCAAGGGAACGCAUUCCGGUUGACAUUGUGGCUCACCAUGCUGUUUCCACCUGGCUUCCCUGGUGUCAUUGUCAGAAAGCUGACCAGAUUAAGGAACGAUUCUAACAAUACGGCAGAUGCACGCCCCCGAGUACUUUUCGUGGUCCUUUCUACCCCGAAGAAAUGCAAUUCAUUACUGCGGUUUGCAUUCAAUAUUGUAGUGGUGUCAGCGUUCAGUUAUCAAAGGCCACAAAACUAGACGGGCGGUUGGGGAGCAAUGCCUUCUUCCGUUGGGUUUUCAGGUGGUCAGCCGGAAAUUAUUUUUUGACCUAUCAGAACUCAGCCCACGACCCAGGGAUCGUCGUGCCGACUUUCUUGUGGUAGUGCAGCCACGUGCGUAGCCUAAGGAACAAGAUGCACGAGUUGGUUAUACUUGUAGACAAAUCUCGACCGACACAUGCUUUCACUGAUACGUGAUUGUCUCCUGAUGUCAUGGACGGUCAUUUGAGCCAUGGUUCUUGCAGAGCUUGGUCGCAAGAUAACCUCUGCUCUCAGGUCACUUGGAAAUGCUACUAUCAUUAACGAGGAUGUACUGAACAGUCUGCUCAAGGAGAUAUGUACUGCCCUUAUUGAAUCGGAUGUUAAUAUCCGUCUUGUCAAGCAGCUCCGCGAAAAUGUACGGGCUGUGAUCGAUUUCGACGAAAUGGCUGCGGGAUUGAACAAACGAAAAAUAAUCCAGUCUGCAGUUUUUAAGGAGCUGGUUCGGUUAAUUGAUCCACAAAUCAAGGCGUGGCAACCUACCAAGGGAAGCUCUAACGUAAUCAUGCUCGUCGGCUUGCAGGGAAGUGGGAAGACAACUACAGCCACGAAACUUGCAAAUUUUUAUCAGCGGAAGGGAUGGAAAACAUGCAUGAUAUGUGCCGAUACCUACAGAGCAGGCGCCUUUGAUCAAUUGAAGCAAAAUGCCACGAAAGCGCGCAUUCCAUUCUACGGUUCGUAUACGGAGACUGACCCAGUGGUGAUAGCUCGUGAUGGUGUGCGCAAGUUUGAGGACGAAUCAUUUGAGGUUAUCAUCGUGGAUACCAGCGGCCGACACAAGCAAGAAGAUUCUCUGUUUGAAGAGAUGCUGCAGGUCUCCAAUGUCAUCGAGCCGGAUCAAGUGAUCUACGUCAUGGACGCAUCCAUUGGACAGGCUUGUGAGGCUCAAGCUAGUGCAUUCAAAUCCAAAGUGGAUGUCUCAUCCGUCAUAGUGACAAAACUCGAUGGUCACGCUAAGGGUGGUGGUGCUCUCAGUGCAGUGGCCGCGACACGCAGUCCGAUCAUUUUCAUCGGCACAGGCGAACACAUUGACGAUUUCGAACCAUUUCGCGUGCAACCAUUCGUGCAAAAGCUUCUCGGUUUAGGCGAUCUCGAGGGUCUGGUCGAACGUGUAACCGAGUUAAAGUUGGAUGAGAAUGAGGAAUUGGUGAAGAAGCUCAAACAGGGCGUGUUCACUCUGCGCAACAUGUACGAGCAGUUCCAGAACAUACUCAAGAUCGGUUCGUUUUCUCAAGUUCUUUCAGCGAUUCCAGGUCUUGGACAAGAUUUGUUGACCAACGACCAGGAAAGCCAUCGGCGUCUCAAACGACUGAUGACUAUUAUGGACAGUAUGAAUGAUUAUGAGCUCGAUUCUGACGAAGGAGGACGCCUGUUCAACCGACAGCCGGGGCGCACACUCCGGGUUGCACGUGGUGCUGGAGUUAGCCAAGCGGAGGUCAAACUCCUCCUGACGCAACAUAAUAAGUUUUACAUGGUUGUCAAAAAGAUGGGAGGCAUCAAGGGAUUAUUCCAACCGGGCCCCCGGGGGGGAAUGUUGCCCACCGGAGCACCUGGUGGAAGCACUAGCGGAAAUACUCCCAGCUUGGGUGAAAUGGCUGCUGCUUCUCGCUCAGUUAGUGCCGGCCAAAUGGCAAAAUUAAACCAGUCCAUGGCCAAAGUACUGGAUCCACGAAUCUUGCAGCAAAUGGGAGGCAUGGCUGGCCUCCAGAACAUGAUGCGCCAAUUGCAAACCGGUGGAGGAUUCGGCGGACGCAUGGGUUGAGUGUAUAUUCUCCGGAUCAAAUCUCUGUUUAUCGAAAGUCUUUCACAUUUCCAAAGUUAUACUCUACCUGUCUUGUUUCCGAAUUUGUACAGCAACGAUUCUGUAUGUACGUGCCCAUUGGCGCGUAAUCUACUUCCGGUUCCCUCACACGCAAAACACUUGUUGCUUCUACACCUCUGUUAUAUUAAUUGAAAAUGUUUCUUUUUCCCUGCGGGACUCACUCACCCUGAAAAUCAACAUCCAGUUAUCAUGAUUAAGAAA